UUAAAAUCUUUCUUUCUCUCAGCGAAAGUCCAAGAUCUCAGCCUCUCGCAAGCUGAUGCUGAAGAGCUUGAUGGUGGCUAAAGCUAAAGACGAGCUGGAGCAGGAGUGCGAGGAGAAGCAGGAGGAGAAGCAGAGGUACCUGGCAGAGAAAGCGCCUCCCGUCAGCACCAGCGGCAUGUCGUUUGCAGAGCUACAGGACCUGUGCCGGGAGCUGCACGCCAAGAUCGACGUGGUGGACGAAGAGCGAUAUGACAUCGAGGCGAAAGUCCUUCACAACACCAGAGAGAUCAAGGACCUGAACAUCAAAGUCCUGGACCUGCGGGGGAAGUUCAAGCGCCCCACCCUGCGGAGGGUGAGGGUGUCGGCCGACGCCAUCCUGCGGUCGCUGCUGGGCUCCAAGCACAAGGUGUCCAUGGACCUGCGCGCCAACCUCAAGUCCGUCAAGAAGGAGGACACGGAGAAGGAGAGGCCAGUGGAGGUCAGCGACUGGAGGAAGAAUGUGGAGGCCAUGUCCGGCAUGGAGGGCAGGAAGAAGAUGUUCGAUGCCGCCAAAGGCCCCGUGCAAUGAGGAAUCAAUGGGGGCCCCAAACAGAGAGGAGGAUAUAAUGGAAGCACAGAAGUGGCCUGUGACAUCACAGAAGUGGCCGUUGACAUCACAGAUAUGACACCUACUUGAUUUCUCUGUCAGUGAAAAUUAAAAAGACAUCUUAUCACUGC